AUGAUGCAAUACUUACUAACUUACGCAGAGGCAGAGCAACAGAAUUAUGUUGACCAACAACCACGGAAGAUCCAGUCUCCUGCUAUUAUCGCUGAUUUUGGAGUGGAUCAGGGGCUGGCCUUUCUGCACGAUUGCUCCUCAGGCCCCAUUUUCCUCCUGGACCACUCGAGCAAAAGCAUAUUGCUCAAGUCUAUGAAGGAACCUAAGGUGGGAGAUAUCGAGCUCUGCAAGGUGAUCGAUCCCUCGAAAAGCACCGGCAGCCUUUCAACUGUUGCGGGCUCUGUAGGGUAUAUUCCACCUGAGUACGCAUACAAGAUGAGGAUGACGACAGCAGGAAACGUCUAUUGCUUCGGGGUCGUGUUGGUGGAACUCUUAACUGGGAAGCCAGCGGUCAGGGAGGGAACUGAGUUGGCCAAGUGGGUGUUAGCAAAAUCGUCGCAGUGGGAUCGUAUACUCGAUAUCAGUGUCAGCAGAACUUCCUCAGCAGUUCGGAGCCAAAUGCUCGAUGUCCUGAAGAUCGCUCUGAGCUGUGUGAGUCCAUCACUUGAAGCUCGGCCUAAGAUGAAGAGUGUGCUAAGGAUGCUCCUAAAUGCAAGGUAA